AUGCAUUUCAAGCAGAUCUGCAGUACUGCAAGGAAUGCGGCCACAAGAGGGGAGAGGCCAUGUUUCCACUGGCCCCGCGGCCACCGACUCCCACGGACCAGACGACUGCAGCCGGUGCGUGCGGGAACACAGAGUAGCUUCUUGACGGUGUAG